AAUUACAUGCGCCUUGUUAAAUUAUUACUCAGUUCACAUUCUAAAAAUCAACCUAAUCUAGGCGGCGCCCACAAAAAAAGUGUUUCAAGAUGGCCGCGUCGUUGAGGAAGCAGGCUGAGGGCGAUGUACAAGUCACGACUGAAGACCAGGAGAUGAUCAACAAUUUUGCCAGGCAAAAUGCCAGGCUUGAAGAUGCAACAGAAGAGAUGAAACAUCUAGAGAAGGAGUUGCGCAACUUAGAAGAUGCUGCAGAUGAAAUUAUGAUGGCUGAAGAUGAUGCCCACAUACCAUAUCAGCUGGGAGACGUAUUUGUCAGCCUGGACUCCGAGGAAACCCAACAAAUGAUUGAACGAGCAAAGGAGCAGAACAAAGCACGGAGCAAAGUUCUUGAAGAGGAGACUCGCAUCAUUAAGGGCAUCAUGGCUGAACUGAAGUCUCAGCUAUACAACAAGUUUGGAAACAACAUCAACCUGGAGCCUGAUGACAGCUAGCCUACUUUUCCGUGUAUGUGAACACAAUCUAACUUAACAAAAAC